GACACCUUCACAUUCACCAUGGAUGACCUCGCGAAGUGUCUGCCAGCGGGGCGUCAAGAGAAUGGCAGUAACUCGUCCGAUACAGAACCGAUCCAGGAGAAGAAUAAUCUCGACAAUGUCGUUAUAAAACGGGCAGUAACAUUCGAUGAUCACGACGAGGACGCGACUAGAGAAGCCCCACUGAUAUUGAACUCCCGGAAGAUGAGCAAUGGAAAUGGAAAUGUGAAGAGAAGCAUACCACCAACGUUGAAACCUGUGGUUGAUGCUCGUUUGAAUAGCCCGGAGCCCUCGCGAUGUCCUAACGCUGCACCGGGUCGAAAACUUUGCAGAAUACGUAGAAGUGGUCGCCAUUCGAAAUACGUCAACCGAGUCAAAUACAAAACUUCAUGCAGUAGGGAGAAAUUUUUGUUGAUGGCAUUAGAGACCGAGAACAACAAUCUGGAGACAUUCACAGAAUUGUGGAAGAAGGUUGACAGGGAGAAGAAAGUUGAACAGAAAUUGCGAUGUAGGGUUAAUGAUGAAGGAUCAAGUGAUAAUGCCGAUAAACCCGAAAGGAAGAUCAGUUCUGGAUCACAUGUAAGGCUACCACUAUCCCAUGUUUCUUACUCAGUAAUAUUAGUAGAGAUGUUGCUAGCAUACCAGACUAGGGUCAAGUGUGGUUUGGGCGACAACGACUCCAUUUACUUCCCUCCCAUUGGCUAG